CUUGGGGAAAGAUAAACGUUCCCUCCAUUCACUGACCUUUAGAAAGGUUGGAUGCAGCCAACUGUCAACAGUGGAGGAUGGAGUCUCUACAGCUGUUUUUCUGUUUCUCAGCUGUUGCUGUGCUGACCCCAUGUCAUGGAUUUAGUGUGGACACUGAACAACCGGUCAUCUUCCGGGAAAGGGUGAAGAGUUUUGGCUACAGCGUGGUGCAAUUUGGCAGUGGCACAAAUGGCGGGGUGUUAGUAGGUGCUCCACUUCAACAGGGAGGAGUGAAUGAAACAGGGAAUCUGUACAAAUGCCAGGGGACUUCAAGCAAAACAGGCGGAUGCCAGGAGAUGGACCUCCAAAGACCUGCUGAUGCAGUCAACAUGUCUCUUGGUUUAUCUGUUUCGGCCCAUGAUUCUCAAGUGUUGGUGUGUGGACCCAGAGUGCACCAAACAUGUGGGGAAUACAUAUAUCUCAAAGGUUAUUGCUUCCUCUUGGACCAGAAUUUGAGGCAAAUCCAGCGCUUUCCUGAUAAACUGCCAGAAUGUGCCAGACGCCCUGCUGACAUCGUUUUUCUGAUUGACGGUUCAGGGAGCAUAAAUACUAGACAAUUCUCACAAAUGAAGACCUUUAUUUCUGAGGUCAUUAAGCGCUUCCAAAAUACAAACACUCAGUUUGGCUUGUCCCAGUAUUCACGUUCAUAUGAAGAACAUUUUGACUUUCUCCUUUUCAAAACUACCCCAAAUCCAGAUGACUUGAUUAAAACAAUCUGGCAGCUGCAUGGAGCUACUUACACAGCUACGUAUAUCCAGAGAGUGGUGCGUGAAAUGUUUCUCCCCGAAAAAGGAGCCCGCAGUGAUGCAUCUAAAGUUCUCAUUGUGAUAACUGAUGGAGAAAAAUCAGGAGAUCCUCUAGAAUACAGUGAUGUGAUUCCAGAAGCACAAAGGGCUAACAUUAUCCGCUUUGCCAUCGGGGUUGGGCGUGCUUUCUCAAGAGGAACUGCUCGUCAAGAACUCAUGACUAUUGCCUCCGAACCUUCCAUGAACUAUGUUUUCGCCGUGAACAAUUUUGAUGCUCUCAAGGACAUCCAGAACAGUCUUCAGAGCAAAAUUUUUGCCAUAGAAGGCACUCAAUCCCAGAAUACUAGAAACAGCUCUCAAUCCUUCGAGUUAGAGUUGUCUCAGGAAGGAUUCAGUGCCUUACACACCCAGAGUGGCACCCUACUGGGGGCAGUUGGAGCCUACGAUUGGGCUGGGGGAGUCUUCCUUUUCAACAGCCAGGAUGAUGCGACUUUUAUCAAUAUCUCCAGUUCCAUAAGUGAUUUGAAAUCUGCUUAUCUUGGUUACUCAAUUCAAGAAGUUCGACUCAAUGGACAGAGCAGCUUUGUGGUGGGAGCCCCACGUUAUCAGCACGUGGGCAAAGUCGUCUGGUUCAGCCAGAGGAGAAGACAGUGGAAGCAGAAGUCAGAGCUCUCUUUAGGGCAGUCCCCCCAGAUCGGCUCAUAUUUUGGGGCUUCCCUGUGUGCUGUGGAUUUGAACAGAGACGGAAAUACUGAUUUGAUCCUCAUUGGCGCCCCUAUGUACUAUGAUGGCAUUGCAGGAGGAAAGGUCUACGUUUGCAAAAGGCGGGGAGAAACAUUUUCCUGUAACGUGGAAUUGCAAGGGGAGCCCCAUCACCCAUUGGGCCGCUUUGGAACCAGCAUAACAGAAGCUGGGGAAAUUACUGGGGAUAGGUGGACAGAUGUUGCUGUUGGGGCACCGCUGGAGGAUGAGAAUCAAGGAGCUGUGUACAUCUUCCAGGGGACAAGUAGUUCCCUCAACCCUGUUUUUAGCCAGCGCAUCCCAGCUUCUACCUUUGCCAAUAGGCUUCAAUAUUUUGGACAAGCUAUUGAUGGGGGGUCAGAAAUUACAGGAGACGGACUCCCAGAUCUGGCUGUUGGAGCUGAUGGACAAGUGCUGCUCCUAAGAGCCCGACCUGUGGUCAAUGUGGUGGUUGGAAUAACCUUUAACCCAACUAUGAUCCCCAUCUCUGCCUUUGAGUGUGGAGGCCAGCAAAUGCUGAACAAGGAAAUCAGCACAGCAACAGUCAACUUUAAAAUCCAGGAAGACUCCCGGUUUACCUUUGGCAGUGACAUUUUGAGUACCAUUCGGUACACUUUGACCUUGGAUCCUGGCCGACAGAAAGUACGAGCCGUUUUUAACCAGGGUUCAGAGUUGUCUACCCUCACAGAAGAGAUGAAGAUUCGUGUGAGGCCAGAAUCCAGGCAGUACCGAAUAAAAUUACCGACUUGCAUAGAAGACAGCCUCACCCCUAUAAUCCUCCAGCUGAAUUAUACCCUGAUAGGAGAGCCCAUCCAACGUGCCAACAAUGUGCGGGCCAUCCUACAGAAAGACGCACCUGUUCUUAUUCCGGCAUCUCUGCCCUUUGAGAAGAACUGUGGAAAAGAUGGAAUCUGUAAAGACCAGUUAAAAACAUCCUUCAAUUUCUCAGGUUUGAAUGAAUUGGUAGUUGGCCUAACCCUGGAACUCAAUGUUACUGUUUUCCUCCGGAAUGAUGGAGAGGAUUCUUAUAGCACCAACCUGACUUUCAUCUACCCAUCUUCACUGUCCUACCGCAGAUAUAUAUUAGUGCAGUCCAACAGAAAAUACGUGGUCAUUAAAUGCACCCCUUUUCCUGCUAUAGAGGGAUCUGUGAGGAAUACUACCUGUGGCAUCAAUCAGCCCAUCUUCCGGAGCAUGGCUGAGGUGAUCUUCAUUGUCAGCUUUUUCGUUUCCCAAGAUGCAAAUCUAGGAAGUAAGGUGCAGAUCAGUGCCACAGCUACCAGUGAAAAUACGGUCACUGUCACGAAGGACACGUUUCAUCAAAUGGAGCUGCCCGUCAAGUAUGCAAUCUACGUUUUCAUCAAUAGCUUGGAUGAAUCAACCAAGUAUGUUGAUUUUUCUGCCGGACAGGAAGAUGAAAUUCGGACUGUGGAACAUCGAUACGAGCUGAAGAACACGUAUCAUCGGAAUGCUUCUGUUUCAGUAACAUUUCAUAUUCCUGUGUCGCUGAAUGGAAUUCAGAUUUGGAACCCAGUCUUGGACGUCCCUAAAGAGUUCCCCCAGAUCAUUUGUGCGCCUGAAACAAUUACUCCAGGAUCCAAGGAGUUUGUGAAGCAACUAAGAAAGCAACCUGUUUUGAACUGCUCUGUAGCCACCUGUAAAACAAUCACUUGCAAUGUUUCAUCCUUGGAGCGCCAUCAACCUAUUGAGUUCAUGAUCAAGGGGAACAUUGGCUUAAAGUGGCUUUCACAGACCCAGCAGAAGAAGGUGACUUUAGGAAGCUCCGCCCAAGUUUCCUAUGACGAGAGCAAAUACAAGCAGAAAGAAGGAUUCGUGUGGGUCCAGGCAGCGACCAUUGUGGAGUUCCUGGAGCCCUACAACUACCUGCCCAUCAUUAUUGGCAGCUCUGUGGGUGGUCUGGUACUCCUUGUUUUGAUUAUUGCAGGUCUGUAUAAGCUUGGAUUCUUCAAAAGACAGUACAAGCAGAUGAUAGAGGCAGCAGAUAAUGAGGUGGCUGAAAGUCCACCAGAAACCAGCACCCCUUCUGAUGCUACCAAAGGAUAAAUGUCUAUGGAGAUUCUCAAUCAUCCAGGUCAUGGUUGUCCCAAAUGUGCUUUUUCAAAAUACAACUGGACUUCCUUUGGUUUUGCUUGAAGACGUUUCACUUCUCAUCCAAGAGGCUACUUCAGUUCCUAAUGAACCAGAAAUUAAGUAGAAUAGAAUAGAAAAUA